AUGAAGGGAGGAAUGGAACCCACGCCAGCGACGCUCGGGAUGCGAAGGAGCUGCAGUGAGUGUGGGCGAAAGAAACGAAAGUGCGAUGGCCUCAUGCCGUGCAGACGGUGCGUUGAUUCAGGCAGCCGUUGCGUGUACGAGAAGCGGCGGUGUCAUCUCCCUCGAGCACACCACGAGCAGCGCCAGCGUCGGCGGCUUGGUCAUGAUGGCGUGCCCCCGGGAGGAGCCACCAAGCAGUCGGCGCCCGCGGUAGCAGCCUCAGCAUGUGAAAUGUUGGCUCUCAAGAGGUGCAAGUUUAAGGCGUCUCCAGCGACGGGCCUCGUGGGGAUGCCGGAGAACACCUUUCUCGGCGACUUUUUCGCCUGCGUUGGCUUUGUUCCACUCACCACCCAGAGCCACAUUCGUGAGACGAUGGUGAAGAUGAUGGUGACCUCCACUCCCUCACAGAAGUCAGCGUUUGGGCGCGAUUGUGAUGAGGACGAUGUGCUGGCAAAAGAGGGCGAUAUCAGGAUUCUCUCGGCAGAGAAUCAGCUCGAUGCGGGCCCGUCGACCUGCACGUUCUGGUGUGCUGUUGCUCUGGGGGCGCUUGUGAAGGGGGGGGGCGUAGCUUCGGUGAGCGGUGAAUUGCCAACUGGACAUUUCCAAUGGGGAUAUGCCGAGGUCGUCAGUCACAGGAUGACCGUCCGGAUGUUUUCUGGGAAUGCAAGCACGGCGGAAGUGGAGUCGUUUUGCCGCCAACCACAAGAUCCCCCGCAGGCAUCGGAACAAGAAGAAUGCACGGCACUAAAAGCAUGCUGCCCUUCCAUUUCCUCGUUCUCAUCGCUGGCUGCCCAGUUGAGAACAGCAGCAUCCGAGACCGAGCUGUACGCGUUCAUGAUGCAGGCGUACCGGCAGUUCGAGCAAGCUGUCUACAGAACGGCGUACCUCGAGAGCUCUGACGCCGGCGGGCUACCGAGCGAAAAUGAGGCCGGCAUCCGCACGGCGUGUAGCUGUCGAGUACGCGAAGCGUCGAUGGCAGUGGUAGACACGAUGGCUUCGAGGAUCAACAACCAUUCGUGCGACUUCGAACGCUUGGAAGAUGCGGCCGAUCGACCCUUGAUUCGCCAAGGGAUUGGCGGCCUCAUCAUCAACGGGACCCUUGUUUUCGAGAAGGCGGCGAAAGGAGACUUCAGUGGAGCCGUCGAGAGAAUCGACCGCUGCGUCGAAGUUUUCGAGACAUUCCCAGGGGUCUGUCGAUUCUUCAUGGGGUCGCACGUGGCGCACAUCAUGGUGACUGCUUUGGCGGCCAUUGGAAACUCCAGGACUCGAGGGAUGUACGACAGGUUACGGCGCGCGUAUAACUCCACUCGCUUUCCUGAUUCGUCCCCCAUACCCCCGUUUGAAGAAUGGCAGGGGGUUUCUUCUUUCUGCGACACUUUCUACUGCAGGACGAUGGAGCUCCUCAUUGUGGGGGACGAGAUGGGAGGCAUGUUCGCGGCCGGACAAAAUGCUCGUGCCGACCACCAGAAUGAAGGUGAUGAGGGCGAGGAGAAGGAAAAAGUCGGUCAUGACCAAGGAGCGUUUUGGGGCAUUGUCGACAAUGACAUACCCGUAGGUCCAUUCCUUCUGUCGGCCGGUGGCGGCGGGGCCGAGUUCGACCUGCUGCGUAGCACGCGCAAUGCUCGUAUGGGCUCUUUCCCGGCGGACUGCGCAGGCGCUAAGUGUGGCCCUUCAGCCGUGGUACCAAGACCGAUUGCAGGCGCGCCGGGCUGGGCACAAGAGGUACGUUCAGCGUAUCCGCUCAAGUCCACCCGCGAACCAGAGACCGGUCGCGGAGCCCAUCUUGAAGUCGAAAGCGACACGGGAAUGGCGUACGGUCGGAGCAACGAUGCGGGCGCGGUCACCCAGACAUCGGAAUCAAUGUUGGGCAACGGGGAAAACGUGGUGGAAGAGACGGAGGAAGACGCUAUUGCCGCGGCAGACUGGCUGGAUGUCUCACAUGCCUUGCUCGUUGAAACAGAACUAAGAGCUAGCGGGCAGUCACGAGUACGAUGAUCAGACUUGUUUGUAUGUGUCACACGACGUGCCUUUUUCAUUGGAAGGAUAUUUUUCGAGACGUAGCUGAUAGAGUUGUUGGUCUGAUAUUUGAUGCCCCCUCCCCGCCCACUCGAAACAGUUAUGCUGCGGUGGUACUCGGUUCGAAAACCCUAGGCUGUAUGUCGCGUCGUACUUGGCCACCGGGUCGGUUCGUGAAUCUUUAGUGGGGCUAGUCGAGCGCGAUUGGAUGCUAUUCCGGGCGCGAGGACGGGGACGAAGAUGUACCAAUGACGGAUAAAGGUGUAUGGAGCUGGGAACAUCCGGUCAUGACGUCAAGAAUACUUAGGUGGUUCGCAGUGUAGAUAAGUCGAGAUUUGUUGGCCGGUUUGGUUUCGGAGAUUGUUAAUUUGGAGGAAGUUUGCGUGUUCCGGACGAUCGUGCUUUAUCUGUAGAGCAGCUAUGAGAUGUCUUUAGCCAGAGCUUGUCAAUGGCGAACACCUUUUUUAGACCUUUGUCCGUCGUUUGGACCCACUGACUUGUACAGAGAAAGUUGAUUUUUCAUUGAGGGUAGUAAGACUCGAGCCUUGCGAACUCGAGGCUCGCGAAUCGAAACUCGAAAUGCAGCGGAUUGGAACUCGAAGUAUGGGAACGAUGUACGGGCUUCCGGGGGUAACGUAAGUAUGUUAUACGGGAAUGAUGAACUUCAUGCACGACAAGUGUUAUAUCUAGGUCUGUCGUCCACGUCU